GGCGUCUCUUCCUGCUUUGCCAUUGGUUGUUUCCAAACGCCCGGUAUCCGGGUAAGAUGGCGGCAGUACAACAGUGCUCGCUCUCAGCUCAAUGGCGCCCUGUUUCCCUCACGCACGUUGAAUAUCCUGCAGGGGAUGUCUAUGGGCAGCUGUUGGCCUACCUCAGCCUAUCUCCAAUCUUCAUUCUCGUCAGUUUUGUGACGCUAAUCAUAUUCAAGAGAGAACUUCACACGAUUUCCUUUCUGGGAGGCUUGGUAACGAAUGAAGUUGUAAACUGGUUAAUAAAGAAUAUAGUGAGGGAGCCACGUCCUUGUGAAGGGACACACACAACAGUCACAACAGAGUAUGGGUUACCCUCCAGUCAUUCUCAGUUCAUGUGGUUUUUCUCUGUAUAUUCAUUCCUCUUCCUUUAUUUAAGAAUGCACCAGACCAACAACGCUCGGUUCUUGGACCUGCUCUGGCGCCAUGUACUGUCCUUGUGUCUCCUGACAGCGGCGUGUCUUGUGUCUUAUAGUAGAGUGUAUCUCGUGUAUCACAGCUGGAGUCAAGUUGCAUAUGGAGCUGUGGCUGGAAGCAUCUUGGCUAUAGCCUGGUUUGUUUUCACACAGGAGAUCCUAACACCGCUGUUCCCAAGAAUCGCAGCCUGGCCGAUUUCAGAAUUCUUCCUUAUCCGUGACACCAGUUUGAUCCCCAACAUCUUGUGGUUUGAGUACACAGUCGCUCGAUCAGAAGCCAGAAACAGACAACGUAAACUCGGUACAAAGCUUCAGUGAGACAACAGCAACAAACUGACAGGGUGGGGUAUGACGGUAGCGUCCACAAUAUCAUGGCGGUCGGAAGGAACUGAAGCCAGUACAGCCCAAGGCGCACCGAGGAACAUUUAAACUGACGGACCAAAAGAGAAAGAAUGAGGCCUUCACUGGGUUUACAAUACCUGUCUUGCCAGUGGCCCUCCUCUGCAUGUCAGCACUGGGGCCAACGCACUUAAAUGCACGCUGUUCAAUGAUCAGUCAAUUGAUGGAAGACAGACUGAUGGAAUCUUUUAUAAGAGCUAUAAGCUUUUUUUUUUUUUUUUUUCUAAAUUCCCCCCCCUUCUUUCCAUUUUCCUGAAAGGAAAAAAAAUACUGAAAAAACUGAACCAUUUUUAUUGCAUGAAUUCCCACCUUUAUUUAAAAAAUAUAUAAAUUAAACCUAAUAAGUAUGGGGUGGAUAAUGCUGUGAAUUCCGGCAAUUUUUUGUUUUUUCUUCUUCUUCGGAUAAUGCUGCGCCUUUUUUAUUUUUUUUGGACUUGCCAUCACCCUGUUUGAACAUGGAUGGUGAAGCGCUCAAGAACCUGUGCUUUAACAACUGGCAUGCUUGGCAGGAUCUCCCACUCUCCUGCAGCUAUGCUCGCCACGGUGCCUACAGAAAGAUGACAGCUUGGAGGGCUUGAAGCAAUUCCUGUUGCACUUUGAACAAGAUUUCAAUUAAGGACUACAAAUAACCCUUUUAACACUAGUGAUCUUUGUUUUUUUUAUUAUUGUUUGUGUGAAAAAAUAAGAGAAAAGUAUAAGUAUUUGUUGGAGCGGUUACUCAUUAUGGAUGAUAUCCGUAGUAUCUGGUGAACUGACAAAGCUCUAGAGCAGUGGUCCCCAUCCAGUGGCUUGUAAGUAGCAUGGGGUUCUCGGCUGUCUUUUGAUGUUGCUGUCAGCAACGUCUCAUCGGGUGCUCAGUUCCCAUACAUCUAAAUAUCCACUGCAUUAUACAUUUCCCGUUAGCAUGAAACCAAGAUGAGUUUGCCUGAUUUACUUAAUUCAUUAAACCGUUCAACUUGAUUCUAAAUA